CAUCAAGCCCAUCUCCUAAACAAACAAAAAACAAACCGAAAGGAAGACAAAAUUUUAAAACACACAAUCGAAGAUCAAAGAUGUGGAGGAAGAGAAACCUUCAACUUCAACAUCCUUACUUCCACAAGACCUUUUCAUUAGCUCUGAAUCUCUCUUCUCUCUUAAUUCUUCUCUCUUCCUUCAGUGCCCACCAAGUCAAGGCUUAUAUCUUCAUCUAUGGAGGUUGCUCUCAAGAGAAAUACCAACCCAACUCACCCUUUGAGGCCAACCUCAACUCUCUAUUAUCAUCUAUUACUAGUUCAGGUUCUCAAUCUGAUUUCAACAGCUUUGCCAUCGGAAACGGCACUUCCACUUCUCCGGACACCGCAGCCUAUGGUCUUUACCAGUGCAGAGGUGAUUUCAAGACAACAGAAUGUGCUUCUUGUACCCUCAACGCUGUAAGCCAGAUCAGUCUACUCUGUCCUUACUGCAGAGGAGCUAGUUUACAAUUAGAUGGGUGUUUUGUAAGAUAUGAGAGCUUUGAUUUUUUAGGGAAGCUAGACACCAACCUUAUGUUCAAGAAGUGUAGUCGAAGUACCACCAAUGAUCCUGAAUUCUUUAGGCGUAGGGAUGAUGUUCUUGCAGACUUGCAGACUGCAACAGGUUUCAGAGUUACUACUUUGGGGUUAGUGGAAGGUAUAGCUCAGUGUUUGGGGGAUUUGAGCUCUACAGAUUGCUCAUCUUGUCUCUCUGAAGCUGUUUCUAAGCUGAAGAAUGUUUGUGGAGCAGCAGCAGCUUCUGAGGUUUACUUGGCAAAAUGUUAUGCUAAGUAUUGGGCUUCUGGUUAUUAUGAUUCAUCCUCAGAUACCUCCGGUGAAGACCAAGUUGGCAAGUCAGUAGCCAUAAUCGCAGGGUCCUUGGCUGGUCUAGCCAUUGUUGUGGUUUUUCUCUCCUUUAUGCGAAAAGUAAUGGGUGACUAAAAGAAUAUGAUGAUGGGAUCGAUAAAGACGGUGACCCGACAGCACUGUGGUGUACCUGUGGCCCUACAACUUCUAGGGUUCAUGUUCUUCUUCCUUACAAAAUUGUCUUCUUUUUGCCAAAUUCUAAUCUUUUCUAGUUAAUUGUUUAGUAUAAUAUGGUAGUGCACCCAACAACAGAAAAGGUGAUAAUUAUGGCUUAUCACUGAUCAUAAAGUAACUCUCUUACCGCCCAUUCCCUUUCGAAAGGGCUUCAAUAAGCUCAAAUAUUCUUCGUUCAUGCCAUUUUGCUUUGGAAAAAUAAUAUCCAUCUUUUCAUGUCUA